AUGGCAUACCAAUUCUUCCCAAAAUCCCAGUCGAGGUCGUCGACGCCUCGACCGUCAGCUCCUGCAGCCUCGCGUGCCGGGCCGCCUAUACACCCGCCCCCACUGCAACCGCCAGAUGUUGCGAAGUCCCAUGUCACCAAGGAGUCGUUUACACCCUAUCCACAUACUGUCGCAGCAGCGUACAGGACACCGCACCCCCAUAUUACGGUGGAAACGGUGAAGACAGCGCAUAUCCCCUCCUUGACCAGGAUUACGGGCCUUCUCUUGCCUAUUCGCUACCCCAACUCGUUCUAUACGGCCAUAAUCACCGAUCCGGUUGUCGCGUCAAUAUCACGCGUCGCAGUCUACCAUGACCACCCGACGCCGACGUUCACUGAUGAGAAUGAAACCUCUUGGAACAAUAAGGUAAUUGGAGGCAUACGAUGCCGUCUAGAGAGACUCGAGGCAGAGCCGGAAGCCGAGAAGCCCGAGGCUACAAAUCUAUACAUCCAGACACUACAUCUGCUUUCGCCGUAUCGAGGCCAUGGCGUGGCAGCAUCCCUGCUAAACUCUAUACUUUACACUAGUAAUGAGACUGAUGCUUCAAAGCGCACGGUUUCUGAUCUUGUGAAGCACUACAAUAUCCGCUCUGUGACGGCCCACGUCCACGAGGCAAAUGAGGAUGCACUAAAGUGGUAUGAAUCGCGGGGCUUUGUGUUGAAGGAUGGUGUCAUUGAAGGCUACUAUCGUCGUCUCAGUCCCUCUGGCGCAAAGAUCGUUCAACUAGAUGUGCCGUGGGAGGAAGCGACAGGAGCGGCUAAAGUCAAAUCUCCUCCCGCAGCGACAGGCGCUCCCCAAGAGAGGGAGUUAUCGCCUAAUGAUGCUGAUGAUGAGGACUGGGAGAAGGUGGAAGUCGAGGAUGGUGAAGAUGAUGAUCAUGACGUUCUGCAUGAAUCACAGAUAUUCGAGAGAAAUGAGAGCGAAGCCCUUCCUAGGAAGCGCAAGGCCGAGGAGCAGAAUGGGAGCCAAACUCAACGGAGGUGA